AACUUUUUCUUAAUUUAAAACAGUCGGAAUUGUUUGUUUUAGUGUCGCUUUCAGUACAGGCGGAAUCGUUCUAACGUGUGUCUCAUAAAAACGGGUGCAUAUUUACAAUUAUCGAUUUCGAUAAAUCGAAUAAUCGCACUACAACAUAGUUUGCCACUGUACGCGAAACACGUUUUUGAUUUUGCAAUUUUCUUCCUGAGAAAUUUGUUUUAAUAGAAUUUAAUCAAAAGCAGUCGGUAUAUUUGUUGGUGGACGUUUUGGAAAAUGUUUUGACAUUGCGGAAAUAAGGAUAUUCUGAAUUUAUCAAUUACAAAUCGGAUGGCCUAAAUUGGUGUAUUACGUAAUCUUCGUGGUGUCUGUAUUUAAGUACUUUUGGACCCCUAUACACAAGCGCCUACGUUAAAGCGAGACGGCAGUAUUGCAUUUACAAUUGAACGGCGUUGCCGUACACUUUCAAUAAACAAACAAAGAAUGCCACGCAUAGUGCCAUUACAGUUGUUAAGGUGCCUUCGGGUGCUUUUAGAUAAUAAUGGUGGAAUACUUAGUACAGUGGAAGUGCGACGCAUAGCGGGGCUGAUGACAAAGUAUUCAAAGAAGUUGGUUUCCAAAUGCGUUUACGUUCAGAUAUUAAAAUCUACGAAAACGGAACUGCUGGGCGACUUUAUGUCCGUCGGAGGCUGGGGUUUAGUGUGUACGUGGCUUAGUGAUGCCAUUCGCACAAUGAAUUGGCCCCUUGUACAGGAGAUUUUGGAACUUUUGCUUCUUUCUCCAGUUGAUGUGAAUAGGCUAAAAAUUAACUCUGCUCCCAUUCUGGUCAAAGGGCUUUGUAAGGACGGUGGCAACGAAGGGGUACGAAUUCUGGCAAAACGGCUGGUCGAACAAUGGCUAAAGAUCGUGACGGAGAAUCCAAGUCUCCCUUCACCGAACAUUUCGUCGGGGGGGUCUGCAGAGCCACCAUCUGCUGGUGGUGCGCCAAGAGAACUUUCAGGACAGGGGACCAUUGAGCCGGUAUCGAAUGUGGAACACAGCUCGUCGGACAGCACGGACAGUGGCGGAGGAGGAGUUGUGACCCAAAACUACACAAUUUCCUCGGCAGAGCGCAAACGCAAUAUAGUUAUAACAAUCAAAUCAGUUGACAAAUCGGCUUCUGUAGCAGCAUCUGCAGCAGACAGUCUGUAUAAUCAUGACGAUAGUUCCUUACUACCAUCUGAGUCUAGUGCUGAGACCAGAGGCGGUGUCGAGGAUAAUAUCAGUAUAGAGUGUUCUGAAAAAUCCAUUUUAGAUGAUAGUAGUACAACAAUAACAGAUUCAAAGUCUGGGGACGAUGCUAACAAAAAACAUAAAAGCACUCGUGACAAGAGUAAGCGAUCUGAUCGAUCUGACAAGGAUAGAAAAUCAUCCAGCAGUCACAGGUCGUCAUCUAGCCAUAAGUCUUCUUCGUCAUCAUCAUCAUCCUCGUCCAAGAGCUCGUCAUCAAAGAGUUCAUCAUCCUCCUCGUCGCAUCGUAGUUCGAGCGACAAGUAUCGUGACAAAGACAAGGCACGUUCCUCAAGUUCCAGUUCAAGCAAAGAUAAAGAUCGAGGAUCUUCAUCCUCAUCGACUAAGUACAAAUCCUCCUCCUCAAAAUCGUCGUCGUCAUCCUCUUCGUCCACCCCUAGCUCGUCCAAAGAUCGCAGUCGCGAUAAGGACAAAGACAAGUCUUCGCCUUCGACUGGCCCCAAAAAAGAGAAUGAAAAAGAUAACAAGUUAAUGCCCCCACCACCACCAUCAUCUUCAACUACAUCAGCCCAAUCUGAAAAGAAAAAAGAAGGCGAAGGCGAGGCGCAGAAGCCUAAAUCAAUACCCAUACUAUCUAGGAAGGCAUCGAUUUCAAUCGAAAUACGCCGUGACACUGAGAAGACAGCUACCGUUAAAACAUAUCAAUCGAAGUUUCGCUCCCAUGGUCUGACCGAAGAGGCGCCACCUCCGCCAUCGCGAAAGGGCCUGAAGAAGCCUACAGCUUCAGCAGCAGCACCUCCAACAAUUCCAUCUGCUCCAACGCUAAAGCGCUCAUCCCCGCCGCCUUCAAGAGGAGAGGGCAGUCCGGCCGAGAAAAAGGCGAAGAUUGACAUAAACAAUGUGAGCGGUCAUGUGGAGCGACCUGGAGCCGCCAAACUGAUAGCACCCAAAAAGAUACAAACUCUGGUGGAGACGAAUCUGUUCUCUGAUGCCCUGACGGCAUCGAUUGAACCCAAGAAAAUGGUGAAGCGCAAGAAGCUCAACUCGGCAAUGUCGCCAACUGAAAAAGAUGCACCACUGGCACCUUUGAAGUUCUAUCAGGACACUUUGGACGAAUCGAAAGGCGAGGACAAGUCCGAUGAUAGCACAAAGGAGAACGAUGAGAGUAGAGCGGGGUCUCCUGGUAAAGACACUGAUGCCGAUGAUGAUGACAUUCCGCUGCGGAAGGUUAAAGAGGACAUUGAGCAGAAGGUACAAAAGGAAAGGGCCCCCGGCGAUGCCGCCGCUGAUGAAGAGUCAAGUCAUAUGGAUGACAUUGACGACACACCUGAAGAGCCCAAAAAGCCUGGACCUGGCUGUGGUCCUAACGGACCACCCGGCAUACUAAUGUUGCAUCGACGCAAGGGACCCAAGAAGAAGCUCACAUGGCAACCGGAGGAGAAGCUCACACAAGUGCGCUGCUUUGAGGUUGAUCGUUCUGAGCGCGUAAACGUCACGAAACAGAGUUUCCUCGAAAUGAAGAACAUGGAACGCUACAGCGAACGUGAUGCCUUGAACAUUGCGCGAAGAGGCUUCGAUGAUAUUAUGGAGCCCCAGAUGGAAUGGCGUCCCCUGAUCGAGGUGGAUAACGUGCCCGUUCAUCCGAACGGCAAUCUGUCUAAACAGCGCAUCGUGCAAGCCGAGCGCGAGGCAACCACACUGCGUGCUCUGUAUUUCUCGCCAGACAUGAUUCCAGACAGUGCUGCCGAGGCGGAGCUGGAGCCGCAUUUCUCGCACGACAUUCCCAUCAUACCAAUUGAUGAUCUGACCGGCAACCCAGAUGCCGUCAACGACUACAGCACUUCAGCCUGGCCAGAGCCGAAGGGUUAUGGCGCAGCCCCUAACGUUGAAAUGGGAUUCAAUGACAGCAUGAACAACAUGAUGCCUGGACUAAAUCCCAACCUGAUGCCGGGUAAUCCCUUCCAGCCUUUUGGCAACAACUUUAUGCCCAACACUGGCAACAUGCCGCCGAAUCCCAAUCAACAGAUGCCUAUGAAUAUGCAGCAACAGGGACCACCGCCCAUCUGGCAGAACCAAAUGACAGGAAGCCCCAUGAUGAACAAUAUGAAUGGACCUGUCGGUGGAGGAGGACCAGGAAUGGAUAUGAACAUGCCCCCCAAUUUUAUGGGCAAUCAAUUCGGCAGUCCUGUUGGACCAUUUGGAGCGCCUCCGCAAGGAUUUAAUAACAUGAAUUUCCCACCCAUGAUGAUGAAUGGACCCGGUCCUGGUCAUGGACCUGGCCCAAUGUCCGGGCCCAUGAUGAACGGCCCAAUGCCCAACGGCAUGGGGGGUCCUGGUCCUAUGCAGAACGGGGGCGGUCCGCGCAACAAUAAUCGCAAGGCCGGUAGUGGCGGCAACUGGCGUAGCGGUGGCAACAACUUCCAAGACAACUCCGGAGGCAAUUGGCGUUCAGCGGGCUCUGGCUCCAAUCGCGGCGGGGGUGUAGGUGGUGGCAACACUGGCAUUUGCAAACAGUUCAUGCGCGGCCACUGUCACAUGGGCAAGGCCUGUAAGUACGUACAUCCGCAGAAAAAGCGAAUGUAGGACUCACCAGAAUCUUCCCCGGAAGAUUCGAAUGGUUAGAUCUGAUCUCAUAGCCUAUAUCACCCAGCCCCAGCGCAGCCCCGUCGCUCGUACGCGGUAUGUACACAAAUAUUCAAAUCUCUGCGAUAUAGAAUGUGCCCCUAUUAAGAGGGAGGACAUAUGCCAGUUGCCUCAGCCAAUGCAGACUGCAGCCUGGAUGCCGCCCGGCGUCUUAGUUUAAUUGUAUGUAUAAGUCUCCUUACAUAUAUAUGUAGUUAUAUAUAUAAAUAUUAAUUUUUUUACGUCACGUGAU